UAUACCACCUGCUCCACCUCUUCUCUGGCAUCAGUCGCUGGUUUGCGAUCAGAGCGGGCUCUUGUGGCGAAAUGGAUCUGCAGCGAGUCCUCGAGAAGUGCGGGAACUUUGGUCCCUACCAGAUCUUGUUGCUGGGGCUCUAUGGGUACACAAAUAUAGUGUCCUCACUCCACUACUUUUCGCAGACGCUGAUUAGUUUCACGCCUUCGCACAGUUGCUCUCCACCAAAAGAUUACAUUCCGGGAAAUAAAACUUCCUUACUGGCCUGCAGUAUUAUUCAAUACGAUGAAGAUUUAUCCUCUUUUCGGGACUCCAAGUGCUCCUCGUGGGACUUCGAAAGGGAAAGCAACUACGAGAGCGUUACCACAGAGCUCGAAUGGGUCUGCCACGACGCCUACAAACUAGCAGUGGGUCAAUCCUUCUUCUUCAUUGGAUCCGCCCUGGGCAGUAUAUUCUUCGGAUACUUGGCUGAUCGCAUAGGACGACUACCUGCCUGCGUUUUGUCCACUUUGACAGGAGCCGCUGGUGAUUUCUUCACCUCCUUUGUAGGAAGUCUUCCUUGGUUCUCCUUCACCCGCUUCAUUUCCGGUCUCUCUAUGGACACUCAGUAUGUCCUGAUGUACAUUUUGGUUUUCGAGUACUUGAGCCCACAGCACCGCACCUUCGGUCUUAAUAUCAUUUUGGGUGUUUUCUACUCCUUUGGCCUGAUGAUCUCGCCCUGGAUGGCCAUUUGGUUGGGCAACUGGCGAAGUUACCUAUGGGCAGCCUCUCUUCCUGCCCUCGGAAUGCUGCUCUUCCCUGUAUUCCUCCAUGAAAGUGUGGAGUGGCUGUUGACCAAGGGAAAGUUCGACAAGGCUGUUAAUAACCUAAAAAGCGUCGCCAAGUUCAACGGACGCCAAGUGGAUGACUCUGUUUUCGAUGAGUUCAUAAAACACUAUCGCGAGAAGUUGAACAGUGCGACAAAGAAAUCCUCAGACACCUUUAUGGGCAUGCUAAGGACUCCAAGACUGAGGAAGUUCACCAUUAUUCUAUUAAUCAAAUCGAUGAUCAUCACAAUUGCUUUCGAUAUCCUGAGUCGAAAUGUAGAGGGCGUGGGCAUAUCACCCUUCCACCUCUUCUCCUACUCAGGAUUUGUCGUCCUGCCUGGUGGACUCACCAUUAUCCUGUUCCAGAACAAAAUAGGUCGCAAGGGCAUGGCCUGCGCCUCCCUGUUUGUAGGUGCCAUUAUCACAGCUGCCACUGGUUACCUAGUGGGCACUCUGGACCCAGCUAACUACUCCGUUCUCCUGGGAGUCAUGGUGUGCUUGGCAAGAUUUGGAGCGGUGGUGGCCUAUGAUGCGGAGGCCCAGUACGCGGCGGAGAUUAUUCCGACCAGUGUGCGAGGUCGAGGGGUGGCCAACAUCCAUGUGGUGGGCAACGCCUUCGCCUUCUUCAGCUCCUAUAUCAUCUACUUGGGAACCUUCUACAAGCCACUGCCCUCACUUUUGAUUAGCUUCCUGCUCAUUAUUGGCGGUUGUUUGUGUCUGGCUCUACCGGAGACAUUGCACAAACAACUUCCACAGACUCUAGAAGAGGGCGAGAUGUUUGCCAAGGGCGAGAGAUGGUAUUUCUUUCCCUGCUUUUCACGGAAACUGCAGUUUAAAAAGUCUGAAGCUCAGUUGGAGGCAGCCAGCUAAAU